CUGUGCACAGAAAACCUUUUAUCAGCUGCCCCGUGAGUUUUUGUCCAGAAGGGGAGCGCUCUCCCUCUAUUCACAACUCCAGCAAAGAGCAAAAACAGAAGGAAAAAAAAAAAAGGUAACCCGAAAGUGGGCAAAUGUUCUCCCACCGACGAAUCAUUAUUACUUCUUUUCUCAGCCGCCAUUUCUUCUUCGCCUGAGAAUCUGAGCAUUUUGUGCAAAAGGAGUGAAUAUUGAGAGGUUCAGAUUCGCAGAGAAACUCAACUUGGGUUUUUCCUUUUUACCAUUUCUGGGUGUAGAAUAAUGAAUGGUGCUACGGAUUGCUUUGACUCUGAGUUCGUCGAAGUUGAUCCCACUGGAAGAUACGGCAGAUAUAAUGAAAUUCUGGGCAAGGGAGCUUCAAAGACAGUUUACAGAGCGUUUGAUGAAUAUGAAGGGAUUGAAGUGGCAUGGAACCAAGUAAAGCUCUACGAUUUCCUCCAAAGUCCUGAAGAUCUCGAGAGGCUCUACUGCGAGAUUCAUCUACUAAAGACGUUGAAGCACAAGAACAUAAUGAAGUUCUGUACUUCCUGGGUGGACAUUGCAAAUAGAAACAUCAAUUUCGUGACUGAAAUGUUCACUUCUGGGACUUUGAGGCAAUAUCGGCAGAAGCACAAAAGAGUCAAUAUUAGAGCAGUGAAGCAUUGGUGUAGGCAGAUCUUGAAAGGGCUCCUAUAUCUCCAUAGCCAUGACCCACCUGUGAUUCAUAGAGAUCUCAAGUGUGACAACAUCUUCAUCAAUGGAAACCAGGGUGAAGUGAAGAUUGGAGAUCUUGGACUUGCUGCUAUCCUAAGGAAAUCUCAUGCUGACCAUUGUGUUGCAGGAACACCAGAGUUUAUGGCGCCUGAAGUUUAUGAGGAGGCAUAUAACGAAUUGGUUGAUAUAUAUUCCUUUGGAAUGUGCAUAUUGGAGAUGGUCAAUUUCGAAUAUCCCUAUAGUGAAUGCACUAACCCUGCUCAGAUAUACAAGAAAGUCAUCUCUGGUAAAAAGCCUGAAUCUUUAUACAAAGUGAAGGAUCCAGAAGUGAGGGAAUUUGUGGAGAAAUGCUUGGCCAUCGUUUCCCUCAGGCUUUCUGCUAGGGAGUUGCUGAACGAUCCUUUCUUACAAAUCAACGAGUAUAACCCCGAUCUCCAGUUAUUAGAUUAUGGAAAGGAUGUUGAGGAGAUUAGUCCCUAUAUGAGGCAGCCCUACCUUGAUCUUCAUGACGGCAUGUAUUCUUCCUACAAUAACAGAUAUAGUUAUGAUGCUCAUAAUGAAGUGGAGUACAAUCAUCCUGCUGAAAUGGAGCAUGCAGGGAUUGAACUCUUUGAGUACCACGAUGAUGAAGACGACGAUGAUGAUCAUCCUCCCAACGUUGAUAUCCGUAUUAAGGGCAAGAGGAGAGACGAUGGUGGCAUCUUCUUGAGACUUCGUAUUGCGGACAAAGAAGGCCGUAUUAGGAAUAUCUAUUUCCCAUUCGACAUUGAAACGGAUACAGCAAUGAGUGUAGCGACUGAAAUGGUUGCAGAACUCGAUAUAACCGAUCAAGAUGUGACUAAAAUAGCAGACAUGAUAGACGGUGAGAUUGCUUCCUUUGUACCAGGCUGGGGGCCAGGGCCUGAAGGUCUCAACGAGAUGCCUCGGUUUGCGAAUCAAACUAUCUGCCAGAACUGUGCCUCAACUCGAACCUCGACCGGAUCGCUCAUUGAUUUUAUGUCCAGCAACCUAUGUUGUAGAAAUGGCUGUGCUUCAAUGCAUGGCAGGUUUGAAGAGGUGACUUUCCAACCCGAGGAUACAGAUCAUCAUCAAUGUGCUUCAAAUGCUAGAGCUCGCUCGCACACAUGGGACCAGCACGAGAGCCGUGACAUAACUCCAGCAGGGUCCGGGACCAGCCAUUCGGAUGAAGAGUAUGAGAAGCUUGUUCUUAAGCAUGUCAUGGAGAAUAGUGAGAUUGCUUCUCCUCCAAAGAAGUCUGCUCAACAUGCUAGGGGUUCAGGGUCUUUCCGUGAGCUGGCUUCAUUGUACAGAGACCUUGCAGAAGAUGGUGACGAGAACGAUAUACAGCAUGAACUACGAUGGCUCAAAGCAAAGUACCAGAUUGAGAUGAGGGAAGUCAAAGAUCAUCAGUUGGGAAUUCUGACCACGCCCGUUACGAAUUCAAGCUCCAGGGAAGAUGGAACAUUGAAUGGUGGCAAGGGUUUGUCUUGUUCGGUAUUGCAGUCGGCAUUGAAUUCAUUACAACAGCAAGACCAGUGUUGUAACGAUAUCAGCAAGAGGAGCUCCACCAUUUGUCAAGCUCACCGAGCUUCGACAAGGGAUUUCCCAGCAGAUGAUGAACCUAUCUUCACUGCCAAGAGCUUCUAUACUGGUUCAUUUCUUCCACACUCUCUUCACAGGACUACUUCCCUGCCAGUCGAUGCUGUUGAUGUAUAG